CUAUUCACCUCAAACCUCUCAACUAACAAAAGCAUCCCGCCAUUAAUGACUUGAGGCUAAUGCCCGUAAUGCAAGACUACAAGUUUAGAACCAUUUUUGACUUUCCGCUAUAGACACAACAUUCGUUAUUGACGAAAUGAUUAGAUACCCAUGAACACUUAGAACAUUUCUUACCACCAUUAGCAUAGCACAGCAUAGCGAAUUCUUUUGCAUUUGAUUUUGAUUUCUUGAGAUCAUCGAUAUUAGAAAAAAAAACACCAGAACUUCACCGAAAAAAAAGAAAGAAUAGCCACGAAAAUCAACGACAAAUGAUACAAGAUAACCAACGCCACCAAAGCACCGGGUCGUCCCGGAAACACCGGAGGCUUAGUAGCGGCAGCAGCACCGGAAGCGUUAUCUCGCGGGUCUUGGGAAGCUUCCGGCAGAAGCGCCGAGAGGAGAAGAAGAAAAAGAAGUCGUCGUUGGAUUCUGUCGAUAGCCAAGAUGACUGGAUCACCGGGGGUUAUCAGGGCACGCACUACCCGGACCGACCGGAGGUCGACAAGCGGGUGAAGACGAUCCUGUCGGACGAUGAGUACGCCGCCGAGAUCGAGCGUAUGCAGGAGCGUAGUCAGGCACACUACGAUAUGACCGAGCAGCAGGCCGGAAGCAGGACGUCGUCCCAGCUGACCGAUCUACCCAACUUCAGCUAUUCGUCGAAGAGCCCUAAACACAGGAAGAGUUCAGCGUCAUCGAACUCUCCUGGGUUUUCCACAUUUCCCAUGUUUCAGGGACACGAAUGGCCUCAACCGCCGAGGGAGCAACCUAACAACACGGAUCAGUACCAAUUCCAACCUCAACCUCAGCCCCAACCUCAGCCUCAACUUCAACCUCAACCUCAACUCCAAACCCAAUUCCAGGCACAACCCCCAUCACAGUCACUGAUAUCGCCAGUGUCACCCACCGCGCAAACCACACAGGUAUUCAAAGAAUGCCCGAACGGAGAACACGACCGAGGUCCCAUCAUACGACACUUCGCGCUGACAAAACCACAACUCUUACAACCACGAAAAGCUCCCUCGCCUCCAAAGCCGAAACCAAAAGUGUCACCCGUACCUCCACCAGCAUCAUUACCCUCACCCUCACCAUCCCCAUCCCCAUCACCACUCCCCUCUCCACCCCAACUCUUAACCCCGCACGCCUCCCUCGCCACCCCAAGCCCAGGCCCUCACGACACCACACCGCGGCGCGACUCGUUAUACAAACUCAAACGCGCAAACUCCGACCUAACCCUUGGCGACGCCUCCUCAACGCACACACACCGCCACUCCAUCUACCACAACCCAAACGCCACAACAACCGGUCUCGGCCUACCCGCGCACUCCCCUCCAACCUCGCCCAAAACCCCCGCUCCCCCCGCCGCCGGCCGCACCGAAAGCCAGGCAUAUUUCCCCGCAGACCUACCGCGCAUGUGUCCCUGGCCAGGCUGCGUAGCCGUGCUCCGAACCGAAGAAGAAAAAUCCGACAACCUCUGCUCGGACUGCCACGAAGCCCUGUACCCACGUGAAAGCGCCUUCUUCGGCGGGGGCAAAAACACCACCAGCCGGAGCAGCCACACAGGCCCGAGCCCGAAAACCAGCACCUCAGCCGCAGCAGCACCCGCGGUUCCCGCGCGUGCCGAAGACGCAGACACGUUGAAAGCGCUGGUGGGAACGAAAGUCAGCAUGGCGGAGAACGUGAAGAUCAACAAGACGCCGCGGGGGUCGGUGAAGCUGGUGAACAGCAAAUUCAGCAGCAUGAGCGGAUUCAAGCUGCAGCCGCCACCGCCGGGGAAGCGUGGGCCGCCGCAGAGUCCGACGAGCUCGACGCAGAGCCCGACGGCGACGCGGCGGCAGUCGCGGCUGCGGUCGUCGACAUCGACGUCGACGUCGCAGCCCGGCGCUUCGCUUGCGCGCGCGAAGGACGGGAGUGUGGGGUCCGGGAAGCAGGAUGAACAUGCGCAUGAGCACGAGUCGGCGAUGGUGCAGCCGCUUUCGCCGUCGAACUCGUCGAGUCAGCAGCACAUCGGCUUCCAGGACGUGCGAUGGGAGCCGCCGUCGCCGAAGGUCGCGCGGCGGAAGACGCUGGCGAUUAAGUUCAAGCCGAUUUUCAAGUCGUCGUUUCGGCCGGACCCGUACGCGAACCGCACGAGUCGGCAUAUUAGGCAGUCGCGGGUGUCUCAUGGCUCGACGCGGACGGAGACGCCUAGUCUUAGCGAGGGGUCGUGGAUGACGGACUCGGCGGGGUCGUCGGUCGAUAGUAGUAGUAGUCCUUCUGAGAGCGAGAGCCAGCGUGGGUACGGACACGAGCACGAGAAUGAGAAUGGGAAUGAGUACAGUCACUCUCCCCCGCCGUUACAGCUACAACCACCAGCCCUCCCGCGCAAAGAGCCACGCGUCCAAUUCGCGGCCCCCGUAACGCAAAGACCGUCUAUUUCCCAAAGGGAGCGACCUCCCAGCCAACUCGUCGCGGUUCGGCAGGAGAAGAUACCGCAGCCAGCCUCGCGGGAAACCGUGCUGUAUCGGGAGAUCGAGGACAUCAUCGAUUGCUACACGAUGGGAGACUGGAGCGACGAGGAGAACGAGCGUCGGAAGGCGGAUACGAUUGCUUCGUUCUUUACAAAGGAACCGGAGGUCGUGCAGAUGAGGAAGAAGGGUUUUAUCUGAAUCUAAAUCUAAGUCUCUCGAGGGGAAAGAUAUGGAUUAGCAGUGGAGCAAUAAGCAUAGGUAUGGUCAGUUAAGGAAAAAGGAGGUAAUGUUAGCAUAGCACGA